UCCCGCACGCACCGGGGGAAAGUGCCGCGCCGGCCGCCCCGCUGCCGGACAGAGCUCUGAUGCCUCUGAACUGGUAAUCCUGGAGUGCUGCUGGGUAGCGGAAUUCAGGAGUAAAACAGAUGUUUCAAUAGUUCUCAAGUUUCAGAGUGGAGAACCGGAUCUUUACCUUGAAGCCACAUCAAAGCCAGACUGUGAAUCUUGGGCUCUGGCACUGGGAGAGGUGAACUCAGAUUGUUUGUGGAAUAAAAUUCAGCAGCUCCGGAGGCUGAUCAUGGAAAUCAAAGAGGAGAGAUCAUCAGAUGAAGCACGACAGUUUCUCCCUUCAUCCCAGUUAGACAGUCUAGGAGAGCUCCAGUUUACAAGUAUUCAGAGAAUUGCAAAUGAGCCAAAGCUGGAAUUCAGUCUUGCAUGCAAGGAUCUAGUGGCUGCUACCCGUGAUCGGAAGCUGAAUACGUUUAUCCAGGUCUCAGUGGUGCAUCCAGUAGAGCACAUUUUGACGCGGUAUUCAAGCACUGAAAUCGUGGAGGGUACAAAAGAUCCACUGUUUUUGACUGGUGUGACCUUCCCACCGGAAUAUCCCAUCUAUGAGGAAACUAAAAUAAAACUAACAGUCUAUGAUGUCAAAGAUAAAUCCCAAGACACGGUCCGCACCAGUGUCCUAUCUGAUCACAAGGAACCAAGAGCAGAUGUUGGGCGAAGCUUCCUGGGCUGUGCAACUUUUAGAGUGGGAGAUCUGGUAAAGUCAAAGGAGCAGCAGCUGACCCUUACCCUCAGAACAUCUGAUGCUGGAAGGACAGUUGGUACCAUUGAAGUCAAUCUUCUGAAGAUGGGAGAGCUAGAGGAGGGGGAAACAGACCACAUCACAGCAGAUACCCAGGAUCAAAAGUCUGCAUUGGUUCGUGAGUGUACAGCCACUGAAGGCAUAAGUGGGAAAGACAACCUGCCUUCCUUAAAUGCAGUGUUGAGAAACCCAGUCUGUAAGUUAUACAGAUUCCCUACUUCUGACAACAAGUGGAUGCGGAUCCGGGAACAGAUGGCUGAGACUACCCUCUCUUUCCAUGUUCCUAAAGAACUAAUAAAUCUGCACAUAAAGGAGGAUAUGAGAAGGAAUCAGGAACUUAAAGACCUGGGAGAACUUGCUCCUCACUGGGACAACAUGCGCAAAAGUGUAAUUGCUCACUGUGAUCAGAUGUUGAGUGUGUACCAGGACACUCUUGCAGAGCUUGGGAAGCAUACAGGUUCUUCAUUUAAGUCAAGCAGUAGCAAAGGAGAAAAAACACUAGAAUUCAUCCCAAUAAAUCUUCAUCUGCAAAGAAUGCAUGUGCAUAGUCCUCGAUUGAAAGAUGCUCUGUAUGAUGUUAUCACCGUGGGAGCCCCAGCAGCACAUUUCCAAGGAUUUAAGAAUGGUGGUCUCCGGAAACUGCUAAGUAAAUUUGAGGCAGAAAGACGAAAUACUGGAUACCAGUGUAUUUACUAUUCACCUGAAAACACAGCCAAGGCAAAAGAAGUUCUCAGCAACAUCAAUCAUCUGCAACCUCUUAUAACAAGCCAUGCAGACCUGCUGCUUAGUUCUGCAAGCCAGCGUUCUCCAGACAGCUUGAAGAAUUCUUUAAAGAUGCUUUCAGAAAAAACAGAGUUAUUUGUGCAUGCAUUCAAGGACCAGCUAGUCAGAAGUGCCCUUUUAGCACUGUACACAGCCCGGCCUGGCUGUGUCCUCAAGAAACCAGCUGUGCCUAGGAACAGUGCAGAAGAAGGCGCUGAUGCACAGCACCAGGAUCAUCCUUCUCAGAUUAAAAGGCAGGACUCUAUACCCCAUCAUUCUGAGUAUGAUGAGGAAGAGUGGGACAGGGUUUGGGCCAAUGUCGCAAAGAGUUUGAACUGCCUUAUUGCCAUGGUGGACAGACUGCUUGAAAAAGACAUUAGCAACAUUAAAGAGGAUGAAAAUGAGCCUUCAGCAGCAGAUUGCAAGGUGUUGCAUACAGGUGGUGAUUGGUAUGAGCAGCUGUACCCGCUGGUGAUUACACUGAAGGACUGCAUGGGAGAGGUGGUGACCAGGGCCAAACAAUCCAUGGCAUUUGUCCUGCUCCAGGAACUUGCCUGUGGUUUGCCCCAGUGCUUGAUGCUGACCCUAAGAAGAGACAUCGUCUUUAGCCAAGCACUUGCUGGAUUGGUCUGUGGAUUUGUAAUCAAAUUGCACACAGGUUUACAUGAUCAAGGAUUUUUACAACAGCUUCAUACUGUUGGAUUGCUUGUGCAAUAUGAAGGACUCCUUAGUACAUAUAGUGAAGAAGCAGGGAUGCUAGAAGACAUGGCUGUGGGCAUUUCAGAUUUGCAGAAAGUAAUGUUUAAAGUAAUUGAAGCCAAAUCAGAAGAUUUUUUGCCUAUUAUAACUGGAAGGCGUGAACAUUACAUUAUAGAGGUCCAGCUUCCAGCAAAGAUGUUUGAGCUGCUACCACAGGAGAUUAAAGAAGGAAAGCUGCUUCACAUGUAUCCAGUGCUCUUUAAUGUUGGAAUCAAUGAACAGCAAACACUGGCAGAGAGGUUUGGAGAUACCACUUUGCAGGAAAACAUUAACCAGGAAAAUUUAGAACUUCUCAAAGAAUAUUACAAGUUAUUUAUGGAAAAAAUGCCUCCUGAUUGUUUACCACAUUUUCAAGAACAAAAUGAUUUAAAGGGAUUGCUAGAAAGUCUUCAUCAAAAUAUCCAGGCCAAAAAGAGAAAGAAUGUAGAAAUAAUGUGGCUGGCUGCAACGAUUUGCCGGAAGCUGAAUGGAGUGCGCUUCACCUGCUGCAAAAGUGCCAAAGACAGGACAUCUAUGUCAGUGACGUUAGAGCAGUGCUCCAUCCUGAGGGAUGAGCACCAGCUGCACAAGGACUUCUUCAUUCGGGCACUGGAUUGCAUGAGGAGAGAAGGAUGCCGCAUAGAGAAUGUUCUGAAGAAUGUCAAAUGCAGAAAGUAUGCAUUCAACAUGAUACAGCUGAUGGCUUUCCCAAAGUACUACAGACCUCCAGAGGGGACAUAUGGAAAAGCUGACACCUAA